AUGAGAAAGAACCCGGCAAAACAAAUACAAGAAGUACGAUCAGAAAUGAAGAGAACAAGUAGUAAGCUAGAUUUUGUUACGGAUGUCGCUCAUCAUGGCGAUUUGUUGGUGGCACUCAGUCGUCUUGGAUCGUUUGACGUUCCAGUAGCACAGUUCUAUGCGGCGGAGAUUGUCGUCGCUUUAGAAUUCGUUCACAGGUACGGUGUCGUUCAUCGCGAUGUGAAACCAGAAAAUGUCCUCAUCCGGAAGAGCGGCCAUAUCAUGCUUACGGAUUUUGGUAGCGCCCAAAUUUAUGACCAGAACUUGUUCGUACACUAUGAAGAAGAGGAUGACCCUCCCUCACAAGUACGUCAACUAUGGCGGGAUCAACGGUAUAUCGAAGCUGCUGCGUCAGGCAGUAUGAGUUCAUCCACAGAGUCUGAUGAGCAAAUGGGUGCUCUCGAGCAUACACGUCGAGCCACCUUUGUCGGUACCGCCCAAUAUGUGAGCCCAGAGAUGUUGCGAGGUGAUGAAGUUGGACCACCAUGUGACUAUUGGGCGCUCGGUGCUACAGUCUUUCAAAUGAUCUCAGGACAAGCUCCAUUUCGGGCUGUGAAUGACUUUCAUCUGAUGAAUAAGAUUCAGAAGCUUGACUUUUCAUUCCCUGCAGGAUUUCCUGAUGUUCCCAAAGACUUCGUCUCGAAGCUACUGGUAUUGGAUCCAAUGGUUCGACUUGGGUCACGAGAUUUAGCAGCCCUCAAAUCCCACGAAUUCUUCAAUGGAGUCGACUGGGAGAAUAUUGUGAACGCGACGCCGCCAGACAUAUUACCAGCAGUUUCGCCAGGGCUAGAAGAGGCCGAGCUAAAAUCUAUUGAUAACAUGCUGAGCUUGCGUCUUCGACGAAAAAGCCCUCACCGAUGA